CGCCCCGCGGGGUUACUAUUUUCGUCUUUCUUUGGUUAUAUUUUCACCUCUCGUCGCGACCGACAGGCGACGGCUGUCGUGGUGGUCGCGACACGACGCUCUUGCUCUCGUCUCCGCGGUGUGCCAUCGACGCGCCGCAUAGAUGCCGUGGGAUUUCAAAAACGCGUGCGACGCGCCGAGAUGCCCUGCUUUUUUCAUGCGCACGCGACCAACUCCACGAGUCGGAGCCGAUCACGAAAUUAAAUUUGGAACGCGUGCGUAUGUUGCAUGGGGCGACUGGAGCGAAUGGAUCGCGGACGGCCGGCGAUCUGCCUACAUUCUCCAAGUAUCCGAGGAGCGCGACGAGUCUCUGUCCCUCUCCUUCUCUUUCUUUCUCUCUCUCUCUCUCUCUCUCUCUCUCUCUCUAAACGCAUAAUCGAGUAUUCGGCGGUAUUUUUGAAAUUCAAACAAUACGCGAAAAAAACGCGGAAAUUUGAUGAUCGAUCUGGAACGUGAACGUUGCGCGCGAUUUUCGCUUUUCUUCUCUGUAUGAUCUGUAUGAUCUGAAACGUUUUUAAUCGUACUAAAUUGCUUAUUGCUAAAUUACUAGUCGCUAAAUUGCUGAUCAAUUUUUACUUCCAAUUUUUACUAAUUUUGUUUUUAUACAAGUUGUAACUUUUUCCAUGAAAAUAAAACAUAUACAUAAGUGACACGGAAUUCAAUUUAAAAUUGAUGAAUGGGAACAUUUCUCCUUUUUGUAAAUGAAAUUAUUUAUUAAGCAGUCAUGAGUCAUGAGUGCUACCGUAAAUAUUUUAAAGUUUAGUUGGUCUAUACCGAUUAGCAGGCUGAAAUCAAUGGACGACGUGAGCUCGGAAUCGUCGAGUUCGAAAAAAUACAUGAGAUAAAUUAGAAUAGCUCGACAUAACGUUUUUGAACAUUCCACAACGAAACACUAGCGCACGUUGGCGAUUGCUAUGGAUGACGAUGAGAUGUCGAUGCUGUAUCUGGCAUAAUUAUAGAUGCUUCGUAUUAGCCUGGAUAUUACGUGUUCACAAGUUAAAUUGCAACGUUUCGCAUAGUUUCAUCCAAUAGUCUGUCCGAUGCCAAAAUUAGUAUCGUUGAAUAUCGAGGAGUAUUUAAGAAACAUACAAGAGUAGAUCUUAUCUCUCGCCGGCACUGGUUUCCCAUGAAAAAAGACAUCUUCAUAGUUUAAACUGCAGGUAUAAAUUGACAUACAUAUUACUAAAGAGAAAAGUAAAGUUGUAUAGGAUGACUCAGUUGGAAUUGGAUCCUCAAUUUACGCAAGGAUUGCGCCUAUUACAUUCUACCAACAAAGACUCAGCGGAACAGUUGCGAGCUUUGUUAGAUGAGACUAUUAAACAAAAAUAUGGACCAUCCAAGAUGCUCCUUAACGUACUGCAUAAAAAAUAUAUGAUGGAAGAGCCAGUAUUGAGUGAUCACAGUAGUAGUAGCAGCAGCAAGAAGAGUAAGAGCUCAAGCUCAUCUAAACACUCGAGUAAAUCGAGCAAAAAUAGUUCACCUGUUAAUUUACCAGCACGCGAUACACCACCAGAUAUACUACAAACAGACGACACACUAGCAUUGGAAAUUCUAGAGGAUGACCUGACGUGCGUCAUUUGCAAGGGAAUGGAUGUCGGAGCAAGAAAUAGACUUGUGGAAUGUUUAGAAUGUCAUUCAUUGUAUCAUCAGGAAUGUCAUGUCCCACAUAUUUUAGAUUCACAGAUAGAUGUGCCGAGACAAACGUGGUGCUGCUCCAACUGUUCAAAGUCUCAGGUCUCUAAAGAGAGAAGUUCACCAAAAACUGUGAUCGAGACCAAAUCAAAGGAGCAGAAGAAAGCCAGCUCAAGUAGUGCAUCUAAGGUGACACCAACUAUUCAUAUUAUAAGUGCGGACAAAAGACUGAAAGACAUGAUGAAAAAGGCUAAACAAGACAAACGAAACACAAGUACUGCCGCAAGUUCGAAAGGCUCUUCAUCCAAUACGCCUGCAUUAUCUUCAGUCAAGUCUUCUCAGGACAAAUCGUUAUACAAGUAAAGGCAGUAUUAGAAUAAAUUAGUCGAGUUAGAAAAGCCAACACCAAACGAUAUUGAUUGAAUGUGUAAUUAUUAAUUUUUUUUUUUUUAAUAAUUUGGAUCGAUUCUUUUUAUUGAUAACGGAUAUUUUAUAGUCGGUUUUAUUAAUAUGGGAGAAAAGGCGACAAUUUUUGUUGUUACUUUUUAUGAAUAUAUUUACUUAUGACGAAGUAAGAAUCGCGUCCCUUUAUGACAAAGACAAAAGUCCUAAAUAGACGAUACUACUAUAUGGAGUAUGUAUUUAUAUUGAAGUUUAAUCUCGAAUUACAUUCAAUCGACAUUAGUACAAUUGGGCCUUUGUGUAGUCUGAAUUUCUUACUGCCUAUAAAUACAAUUCCAUAUUAUACAAUUUAUUAAUAAUUGUACAAACGUGCCAUGUAAAUUUGUUAUCUUUAAGCUUUCGCAUUAUUAUUACAAAAAUAUUAAGUAUGUAGAAAAUAAUGACAUAAUAUUACUAUCGCUAAUAAUUAUUACACACGUAAUAUCGUUCGUAAUACAAGUCUGCGUUGACAUAUAGUUAUUAAUGUAAAUAUACAAUAGAUCAUUUUUUAAUACCUUUUUAUUGAGAUAUAUUUAUAAAAGGAAAGCGAUAAAAUUAUACAAACUUCACAUAUCUCUCGAGAGAGAUUGCGUGUUAAUUGUACUGUAUAUCGCAUAUACACAAUUUCGUUACCGAAAUCAACUCGUAUCGAGUACGCUGAUUCUUUUUUCUUUUUCUCUUUUUACUGUCGCGUAACGAUACAACAUCGACGUCGGGUCUUUCACGUAGUCGAGAUGCUCAGUGGAAAACUAUAACGCGCGUCGAAUACGUACUACUGUAUACAAGAUAUACAUGUAAACACUCGUUCCUUCGCGAGUGCGAUGGGAGUGUGUGGCAGAGUUGUGAGAAACUCCAAAUUAACGUGACAAUACGUAACGCUUAGUAUUCAAAGAUUCGUCGUGUAAUAUGUUUUCUUUUUCCGAAGAGUCCACGUGUCCAUAUUUAGAGUAACGGUACUUAGACCUUAGCGCCCAACGAGCUGUGAUAAUUUUACAUACGGGCGAUUAUCAUUCACCGUGUCCGUCUCCAAUCGCGUGAAAUCUUUUACUGUGACGCAACUGUGUUAGAAACUUUGGAAUUCGUCCGAAGGGCCGAGAAGCUGAUCGCGCGCGCUCUCUCUCUCCAUCUUGAACAGACACUCGGAUGGAUCACGACAAAUGAUAGUGACUCAAAUGGGGGAAACCUCAGUUGGCUCGUGGCCCUUCUCUUUUUGUUUCUUCUCCUCUUUCCACGCUUACAGUAAAACGAUCGUCGAGACGAUGCACGGACACAAUCCAUCAUACCUUAAUUGUAAGAGUUAGCAUUGCUACGAUCAAAGCCUGUAUAGCUUCGAUAAUUGCGGGUGGGCGAAAUAACGAAGAGAUAACAUAUAAGUCAUUUAUAAUACCAAUAUAUUUUCUGCGAUCUUU